UCACUCUCUUUGAUCAUCUCUCUCUAUCUCUCUCUCUCUCUCUCUCUCUCUCUCAAGCCUUUCCCUUCUUUCCCACCAUGCAAGCGAUCACCAAAAGCUCUGAGGAGAAGCAUGUGGUCCUCAUGGCAUUCCCAUUCGGCAGCCACCCCUUCAGUAGCCUAAGCCUGCUGCGUAAAUUAGCAAGCGCUUCAUCCCCAAACAUUCUUUUUUCAUUCUUAAACACAGCAAACUCCAACCACUCAAUCCUCUCAAAAACAAAAGCUAACGACAUUCCACAUAACAUAAAGUUCCACGAUGUCGCAGACGGAGUGCCUGAGGGUCACGUGCUUACAGGAAACCCAAUAGAGCCACUAAACCUUUUCCUCAAGGCCAUGCCGGAGAAUCUCAAAAAGGGAAUAGACAUGGCAGUGGCAAAGACUGGUAAGAGAAUCACCUGCUUGCUCUCCGAUGCAUUCUUAACUUGUGCCGCUGGGAUUGCCGAGGAUAUGAAUGUUCCAUGGAUCCCUAUUUGGUCACCUUUGCCGUGCUCUCUCUCCGCUCACGUUUAUACUAACCUCAUUCGCGAGCGUUGUGGCAAAGGUAGUGGGAAACUGGAUUUUAUUCCAGGGUUGUCGGCCAUGCAUAUUGCCGACUUGCCGAAGGAGGUGCUGAUUCCGGCGGGCGAAGAAGAGUCGCUUCUCUCACUCACGUUAAGUCAAAUGGGAUCGGUUCUGCCACGAGCUACUGCUAUCGUUAUGGGUUCUUUCGAAGAACUAAACCCUUCCCCUCUCAACCAUGAUCUUAAAUCAAAGUUUAAGAAUGUUCUUUAUGUCGGCUUUCUCUCCAUAUCAGUGCCAGCACCGCCUUUACCACCUUCGACAUCGGAUCUGACUGGCUGCCUGUCGUGGUUGGACGGGCAAAAAUCAAGGUCAGUUGCGUACGUUGGAUUUGGAACUGUGGCUUCGCUGCCGCAGGAUGAGCUAACAGCAAUAGCCGAGGCACUCCAAAAUAGCGGAACUCCGUUUCUUUGGUCUCUCAGUGAUAAAUCAAAGGAAAUGUUGCCGAAAGGGUUUCUUGAGAAGACUAGGAUGCAUGGGAAAGUAGUACCGUGGACACCCCAGAGCCAAGUGUUGGCGCAUGCUUCUGUAGGCGUGUAUGUGACGCACUGUGGAGCAAACUCUGUUUACGAGAGUAUUGUGAAUGGGGUGCCACUCAUCUGUAGGCCCUUCUUGGGCGAUAACCACAUGACAGGACGGGUGAUAGAAGAAGAAUGGAGGAUUGGUGUCAAAGUUGAGGGUGGCGUAAUUACGAAGAGUUGGUUGGUGAAGAGCUUGGAACUCGUUUUGGGAGAUGAACAAGGUAAGGCGAUGAGGGAGAAGGCCGAAGCCCUGAAAAAGGUUGUGUUAGAAGCUGCUGGCCAUGCAACACAAGAGUUCAAUAGUUUGGUGGAGCUAAUAUCUAAGUCUUAAAAGUUGGGUUAAUUUCCGAACGACUAGUUUGGAUUAACUACCGGUACCUAAAUGCAUGUUGAGUAUUUUCUCAGCUAUAUAUGUACCUAGCUAAAUGCUGAAUAAAUAAUAAUAUUUUAUUUUC